AUGGGUUCCGGAGCAAGUAAGACUCCCACAGCACCCCCAGUCAUCCACGCUGCUCCUGUGCCGGUGAAGACAAGCAGCUCACGCUCGCCAGAGGACGAUGCGCCAAAAGGAGAUGUUCCAAGGACAAGCCAGAGAAGCGAAGUGUCCGCUUCCGGCGACGAUGCUCUUCCGGAGUACUGGUAUCACUCCAAAGGGACCGCAGACCAUGCAAAUUCUCGCUUUGAUGAUAUGUUCUACGCACCGGAGACAGAGCAUGCAGCUUUUGAAGAGAUGCUGAACGAAUCGUAUGUAGCCAAAGCCACACAAGACCGACCUUGUCCCACUGGCGAGCAUGGCAAGACUCCAGGCGGAUGUCCUUGUGUACAGCCAGGUGCGGAUCCAGGGCUUCCCACGAGGUAUCGCGUCCGUCGCGUUAUUCGAGUGGAGGCAUCCGACAUUUGGAGGAGAUAUGUAGAUAAGCGAAAUGCCAUCCGGGAGAGCCGGGGCGAAGGGAUUGAGGAGUUCAAUCCUCCGCCGUUGACGCGGUCAGUGACCGAAAAGUAUCCAGGUACCUUUGCUCCCUUGGACAACUCUGUGAACGAGGUCUAUGCUUACCAUGGGACCUUCGUUCGCUAUGCCUUGUCCAUUGCGGAAAAUGACUUCAAAAUCGAGUAUGCAGGCUCCAGUACUGGAACACUGUAUGGUCGAGGUGCAUACCUUGGUGAGUCCAUCACAAAGGCGGAUGAGUACGCCAAGGAUGAGCCUGAUGGCUACUAUGAUGGGGUUUUUGCCGUGCUGGUCUGCCGGCUGACGAUGGGGAAGAUGAAUUGCACAAAGGGCGAUCCAAAGGCAGGCGAGAGGGUCAUGUCCGGCGAAUUCGACUCGACUUGCGGCACCCGCUUGUUCCGUGAAUUGGUGGUGUACGAUGCAGACCAAUGCUAUCCGGAAUACCUCGUGCUUUACCAGCGCGUCUAUGCAAAAGAUGAUGAGCAUGCUAUCGAAGAAAAAAUGAGGCGCAAGUUCUUCAUGCAGAUACCCCUGCACUGGAAGAACGUCGCCACCAACCUGACCAAAGACAGAUUCAGCAAUCCGGAACCAUUAGAAGAUGCUGGCAAGACUCACAUGCAGUGCUUGGUGAACCAGUCACGAGUCCAGCCCAGCCGCACGCUACUGCGUGCCGAGCGCUUGGAGGAUGCCGAUCUCUGGGAGACUUGGGUUAGCGUGAAAGCCGGCUUGCACGAGCGGCUGGCUGACGACGAGCAGCUGGCGGAAGACUUGAAGAAUUUGGGCUUCGAGCUCAAGGUGAAUAUGGUGGAGAAAGACUUGCGAGCACUUACAAAGCGCCCGUGCAAGUUCUUGAAGAAGGGCUGCAGGAAAGGCGACAAAUGCAGGUUCUCGCACAACGAGUUCGCCGCAGACCUCGGGGAGGAGGGAUUGGCGGCAGGGCGGCGUCUCCCUGUCGACGAGCUUGACAAAGAGGUCCACGAAGCCUUCCUUUGGAUGGCCUGUUCUACCGAAGAGGAAGCUGAGGAGAUUGGUAAAGGCCAGAUGAAGAUCUCGAAGAAGUACGGGUAUGGUGCGCACUUCUACGAAAGUUUGAACACCGCCCUCAAGGCGGUCAGAUCGAAGGACGGCACCAAAAUUGCGAUUCUUUGUCGGGUGAUCUGCGGAGUCCCAUCUGACAAUCCAGAAGAGCCAGACGGGAAGGACUGCAUUAUUCUGAAGGUAGACGAGAACAAGCGGAAGGAAGUUCUUGUCAAAAACUUCAGUGGUGUUUAUCCCGAAUACUUCCUGGCUCUUUUUGCACAAGAGGAUCUGGACGCCGAGCAGGCAGAGACAAAUUCACAGCACUCCGGAAUCUCUGGAAGCCUUCCUCUGCCGGGCAACGAUGGCGGCGAUGCAUCUGGCGAUGAGCGAAAAAGCGAACCGCCCGAAGACCCCGACGAUGCAGUUUCCGAGGCGGUUUCUAAGGACGUGUCAGAGGAAGCGUCUGUCCGCGAAGAGGUUGCAGACAGUGACGAGACCUUCGUGGUUUUAUGGCACGAAGGAUGGGGGGAUGUGAAAGCCGAAGCUUUCGACGACCUGGAUGAAGCAAACGAUCGCUUCGACAUGCUGGAUGGCGGGGCCUAUGCAACGAUCCUGGUCAACGGGAGGUUCAAUGAGCUAAGAUACUACGGAACUCGAGGUAGGGUUAUGCGAGAGAUGCACGAUCACUUCUGGAGCAACUUCUAUCAGGGAGACGAUGAGCACAAACCCCCAUUCUUCAUCAUUGCAACCAAUGUUGACGGAGAAGCAUAUGGCGACCAGUUUGGCUCCCUGGAGGAUGCACGUGACAACAUUGAAGAGUAUAAUCUGCCCCUCGUCAUUGUGGAUUCGCGUUCCGGCGGCAAGAUGGGAUGGUGGCUUUCAGCGGUGUGA